AUGAUUGGGAGCGAACACCCGGCGGAUAAAGCCUGGUCCUGGACAGAAGUCGCCGCCGCAAAACGAGCGGCUCGAGAUGCGCAACUUGGAAAAUACGAACUGACGGACGGGGUCUCGUCCUCGGCCACACUGGGCGCUGACGAGGUUGACAUCGAAACCUUGAUGGACCUCCUAAGAUCGGGACAAGUCUCGGCCGAGGAACUGAUUCGUGCCUACAUUGAACGGGCCUGUAAGGCGCAGAGCAAGACGAAUUGCCUGACAGAAACGUGCUUCGACGACGCCAUCGAGCGAGCUCGCGAGCUUGACGGAUUCCGGCAGACGCAUGGCCGCAUGAUAGGUCCUCUACACGGCGUGCCCAUAUCGGUCAAGGACCAGGUCAACGUCAAAGGACUAGCCUCGACGUUGGGCUACGUCAGCAACGCCUUUACUCCUGCAAAGGAAGACGCACCGCUGAGUCGUCACCACGUACUAACUAACGUCUGGUGGUGCGAAACCAAUAAUCCGCUCUGGGGCUUGACCACGCACCCGGCCAACUCGAAACUCACCCCUGGGGGCUCCUCGGGCGGAGAGGCAGCCUUGCUUUCUCUCGGCGGCUCUUUGAUCGGUUGGGGAACAGACAUUGGAGGCUCGAUUCGCAUACCAAGCCACAUGAAUGGGCUGUGGGGGUUGAAACCUAGUAGCAGGCGAUUGUCGUACCGGGGCGUGAUGAACUCCAUGGAAGGCCAGCAGUACGUGCCGUCGGCCAUCGGCCCCAUGGCAAGGUCCUUGAGCUCCCUCACCGCGGUGACCAAGCUGGUGAUCGAAGCCGCGCCCUCGACGACAGACCCCCAGAUCCCGCCACUGCCGUGGAGAGACGACGCCUUCCAAGAGGCGUCCUCGAGGUCGCUCGUCGUCGGUACGAUGCUGGACGACGGCGUGGUCAAGGUACAUCCGCCUAUCGAACGGGUAUUCCGUGCGCUUGCCACAAAACUGCAAGCUGCCGGCCAUGAACUUGUGGAGUGGGACACGAGCUUGAACGAGGAAUGCAUUAAAAUCCUGCACGAAUGCUAUUCGGCCGAUGGGGGCGAGGACAUCCGACACGCCGUCGCCGAGGGCGUCGAGCCACUCAUGUCGGGAGUCCAAGAGUUCGUCGACUUGGGCCCCGCGAUCACGGUCUACCAAUACUGGCAGCUGAACAAGAGGAAGGUCGCCAUGCAGCAGUCCUAUCACGACAUGUGGAACGGCGCCAGGUCGCCGUCCGGACGGCCGGUUGACGUGCUGCUGGUUCCCACCAUGCCGCACACGGCUGUGCCCCACGGGUCGUGCCGCUGGCUCGGGUACACGAAGCUGUUCAACCUUCUCGACUACACAGCCUUGACUUUCCCGGCCGGCAGGGCCAGCCGGAAGCUUGACGGGGACACCCCUCCACACCACACCCCACGCAACGCUGAUGACGCUUGGAACUGGGGCCUCUAUGAUCCUGUGGCAAUGGACGGCCUGCCUGUCGGGUUGCAGCUUGUCGGGCGCCGGUUCGAGGAGGAGAAGGUAUUAGGGGCGGCUCAACAGAUCCAACGGCUGCUGUAA